UCAGUGUCCAGUCGUGACCAUGACAGGUACAGCACCAGUUCGCAAGAGAAUUCUCAUCGAUCAGUAAAAUUAGAAAAUACUUAUCAACUUGAACCAAGCGUUAAAUUUCAGGAAGAGAAAAUCGAAAGGAUUAUUCAAGAUGUUUUAGAAAGUGAGCUUCACGAUAUGGAAUACGACCCAACUACCUCGGCCAAGACAUGUUUGAGUCUUAGUACUCUUAUUAAAGAAAAGGUUAAAAUGUUGAACAUGAAACGAUAUAAGAUUAUUUGUUCCAUUGUGAUUACAGAACAAGCUAAUCAGAGUUUAACGAUGGCGUCAAGGUUUUGCUGGGACAAAGAACAUGAUAAUUUUUCUAGUGCGACAUACAGUCAGCCUAAUUUACAUGCAGUAGGAACUGUAUUUGGUGUUUAUUUAGAU